CGUGACUGGGAUCCACAAGAUUCCCUUUCGAACCCUAUAUUUGACCAUUGUAACCUAACCCGUGACAGAACUGCCUCUACCUACAAUAUUGUUUGUAGUUUGCAGAACACGGUAAGCGAUGAAGCAGAGGUUAAGUGAAAUUGGUUUUUCCUCUGUUUCGCCUGUACUGCGCAGUGCAUGUGGCGCAGCUGGUCCGUGUUUCAGUUGUUAUUCCGACUUCGAAGUGUUCGAACGCUUUCUCCGUUGUUGUGUUUGUUGUCUAACUUCGAGCUAAAUGCUUUAAGAAUCGUCAGCCACGAUGCUUGUUCCGUGGCUUUUAGCUUCCCUCGUGCUGGCGUGCGCUGCUGAGCCGGGAUCCUCCCUGCGCGGCGCGGUAGAAGCACUGCAACGCCGUCAAAGAGGCCAUGCUCGGAGCCCAGUAUUGCCAAUGCCUGACUAUGACGCUCUCUAUGAAUUCAUCCCACCGGGUUACCCAGAAUCUGAAUACCCAGUAGACAUUGAAGAUAUCGAAGAGGAGCCCAAUCCAAAAUACAUUGUGAAGUUCCUAGAACAAAAUGAUCGUCCACCUGUCGAUUACGAGUACAAAAUAGUGAAGAAAAAGAGUUCACGCUUCGAAUCACCAACCAGAAAAGAAUCCUCUUUCCGUGAGAGAAGCCAUCACCCUGACAAUGACAGGCUAAGAGAUUUGUUCUCAGAUAGCAAUGAGAAAGAAAAAAAUGAAGCUCUACAAGAUCGAGCUGAAAACGAUGCGGAAUAUGCAUUGCUUUUAAGUCAGCUUUGGGCGAAGUACAAAAAUAAUAAGGCCCAUGGAAACAUUGAAUCCGCACCACCUGGAGUGGUGAAGCUAUACAAAGAAAAAGUUGUCAAAAAACGAUACCCUGAUAAUUGGGGCCCCAUUGCUUUCAAACGAAAGCGCAGUUCAGAUUCUGAUAUUGAACGUCCUGUUAUCCCCGAUUAUGAGCCAGAGAGAACACAAGCCCCUAUAACAGCAGAUGCUAAUUACAAUGCUUAUGAUGUCUCCGACAAUGACAAGGAUGAUGAUUGGCGAGAUGAGUACGCAAUUGCAUUUCAACCUUUAGAUGAUACAUUAUCAGAUACUGCUGACGAAGAUCAAUAUUCUUACGAAUCCGUUCAAAAGCGUUUCCCAGUAACUAAACGCAGCAGUGGUCCAUAUUAUAACACACAAAAAAAGCGAUUCGUCCAAAGUCAAAAUAAACAUAACAAAGCAAAGACGUUCAGAAGCAGUGCUGGGACCGAUCCCAGGAUAAUUAAAGAUUUGUCCAAAAUAUUUGGAGGAAUGGAAAUGAAAUCUCCUGUUAAACGUAAUGUUAAUAUGGAAGAGUCACACGAGACUAAACCUCCACAAUUGAUAAUGUUAAGCCAUAACAAUAACCACACACAGAACGCCACAAAAGACGAUGAUGAUAGUCAUGAGCAACAUGGCCACAGUUUACAUCAUCCUGGUAUGUCAGGCAAAGAAUCCGAACACGGGCACGAUCAUAUCCACGACCACGAAAUCCACAGCCAUGAUAAGCCAAUAAAAAUUAAAAAAAAGUCCAUUGAUUGGUCUGACUAUUUCGGUAUUGAUAAAAGAAGCAAGAAAUUUGUCCACGAUGUCAACGAAAAUCGACUCAAACAACAAUACUUAGACACUUUCAACAAGGAAGUUGUUUAUCCAUUAAAUUCAUUUCGAAGACAUACUAAUGUAAAGAGAAACUAUGUAGAGCCAAAUCCCAGUGAAGAAUCUAUUACUCAAAGCGAUGAUAAAAGAAAUGCAGCGGAAGACAACACUAACGCGAAAAUAGAAAAUUUGGAUAAAAAUUUACGCAAUGUGGAAGACUUAAUUGUUGACGAAGCAUUGCACUAUUCUAACGGUGAAGAAGAAUUAGACUCCAAAGAAGAACAGGAAAUUAAGGAAAAAAUGUUGCAAAAACUUGCUACUGCGUACAGUUUGGAAAAAAUGCGCAAAGCUUUGAAAGAGUUUAAGCAAAGUUUGCAAACACAAAGAACUGAAACAUCACAAAGCUCUCUUGUCCCAUCCGAAAUAUCAAAAACGAAACGAGUAGCUGUCAAAAAGGAGAAAGUAGAUAUCAGCGACAACGAGAUUCCAGCUUUGGAUAAGGUGCAAGUUAAGGAUGAUGAUUUUGAAGCAGAAGAAGGUGCUGGCCACUAUUUGAAUGGCAAAAUUGAUCACCAACUCUCUGAAGGAUACAUGGACAACAGUGGCAGACAUCGUACUCCUCUGGCGUCGACUGUUGGAGCUGCAGGCGCUUGUCCAGUUCUCGCGAAAAUCAUCCAACGUUGUCAUGGAGUUGAUAUGUUGGCUGGCGAUCGAGGGCAACUGUUCCUGCCCCUUUGCAGCUUGCACCAGAUAUGCUACCUAUGCGGCGAAGCACCUCCUACGACCUGCGAUCUUGUCUUCCUGUCCGAAGCUGAUACGACUUGCGAUGGUGACAUGGGUUGCCAAAGAGCUGCUCGAUCGGCACUGAUGGCUCUGCGAGAACUCCACGACAAUCUGGCAGACGAGCUGGACGGCGAAUGUGAGGCUAGCCCUUGUCUCCCGGCCACGCUCAAACUAAACAUCAACUGGCACCGUGCCCUUCAACGAUAAAUCGUCAUCGACAACUUCAUAAAACUGAUAUUUGACGACGUGAGCCUGAAACCCGCGUCACAAUCUUGGAAUGAAAGAUCAUUCUUGAAAAUAAUGUAUACCAAUCAAAUUUAUGAAAUUCGAUCGAGAACCUGGCUUUCCUCACGACUAAAGCGACACUGACCGCGAUAAGUAUUCGUGACUUUGAUUAGUUAUAUAUUUUCAAAUAUCAUGUAUUCUUCAAAGAAGCAUUUCACAUGCCUUAGUAUUAUUGCAAGAUUUGACGUACCCUUACGCGUCUAACCAGCCAUAGACGCAUAGGGGUAUACGAGAAUUAGUUUUCACAGAACCUCAUAUGAUUAGACACAACUUCAAAUCGUUUUACAUGUAUAACCGGCUACGCUUUCAUUGUUAAAUGUAAUUUGAAUAUUAUAUUAUGAGCUUUCGCUAUUUUUGCGAUUGCAUUUCUAGUUCAUGUAAUGGUAAGAACUUUGGGUGGGACUAGAUUUUAAAGGAUUUGUUGAUGUAAUCGUCUUGUUUAGGAAUGUGUUACGGAUGUGCUGAAGUCAUAAUUAUAAUGUUGUUAGCUAAGAAUCUACUUAAAAUAUAUAUUUGUGUUUUAAAGUGUGUCAACUUAAAUAUUAAAACAUGACAGUACUAAGUGUGUAUUUCAAAUUUUAAAAAAUGUUUCUACCACGGUGAGUUUAUUGUGAACGUAUCGAAGGAUGGAUUAAAAAGGGAUUUUAACAUUCUCUAUAUUAAAAAUUGUACUCAUUUAAAGUAUAUACGCGUAACUAAAUAUAUUUUCCAUUCUUUUAAAAUUAAUUGUUGAUAAAAUUAAUGUAAUUUGGGAAGCGAGUUUUGGAAUCAGCUUCUGCCACAGCUGUUGAUCUUUGUGAUCCCGAUUUUAAAAAGCCCAACAUCUGCUCGCAAACGGACAUCACGAGCACGUAUUAAGACUAGCCGCACUUUAAAAUAAACUAGGACAAUAAUUAUUUGGAUUAGAAGUGAUGAACAAACUCUAAAAAUAGGAGUCUAUGUUUGUACUCAAAUUCUAUGUCUUCCGAUCCAAAACUGGCUUCAAGUUGUCACUAAUAACAUAAAAAUAUGAAGAACAUUACCUAUUUAGUCAAAUUUCCUCACAUUAAAACUUAUCUUACCAUUUACAAUAAUGUAACCAUUUUGAAAUGGAUAAAUUAGAUAGAAAUAUACUACCUAAUUUAUCAGCUAGGCGGUUGAUGUUACCAGUCAUUUUAACAACUUGAAUGUUAUCACUUUAUUCGUAAAA